AGUGAAACAUAACCCAGAAGCAAAAUCUCGAAGAAACCCUAAAACAGCCAAGAGUAAUAAUAAUCUUAAGAACUAAAGAUUCAAAUCAGAAAGUGCAAAGUCAUGGCAGAAUCACAGGAAAAGUCAGACGAAGUAUCGCUGAAAGAUCAAGGCAAUGAAUUCUUCAAAUCUGGGAAUUAUCUGAAAGCUGCAGCUCUUUAUACUCAGGCCAUUAAACAAGACCCUUCCAAUCCCACUCUUUACAGCAAUCGUGCAGCAGCAUUUCUGCAUUUGGUUAAACUGAACAAAGCGCUUACUGAUGCAGAGACAACAGUCAAUUUGAAACCUGACUGGGAAAAGGGCUAUUUCAGGAAAGGAUGUGUCUUAGAAGCCAUGGAAAGAUAUGAUGAUGCCUUAGCUACUUUCCAGAUAGCCUUGAAGUACAAUCCACAAAGUUCAGAGGUAUCAAAAAAAAUCAAGAGGCUAAUGCAAUUGUCGAAAGAUAAAAAGCGAGCUCAAGAAGUGGAAAAUAUGAGAUCGAAUGUUGAUAUGGCAAAACAUUUGGAUACAGUGAAAUUUGAAUUGUCUGAGAAGUAUGGAAGAGAAGAGUGUUGGAAAGAUAUCUUCUCUUUCCUUGUAGAAACUAUGGAGACAGCUGUAAAAUCAUGGCAUGAAACUUCUAAAGUAGACCCUAGAGUUCAUUUUCUCCUCGACAAGGAAAAAACAGACACUGAGAAAUAUGCUCCUGCUGUUAAUAUUGAUAAGGCAUUUGAAUCACCCCAUACUCACAGCAGUUGUGUCUCAUUCCUUAGACAGUAUGCUCAAGAUUCUUUCUCUCAAGCUGCAUGUUUAGUGGCACCAAAAAGUAUAAUAUCCUACCCUCAGGUAUGGAAAGGUCAAGGAUCAAGGAAAUGGAAGCACGGACAGCAUGAUGGUUUCUUUAUCCAAUUUGAAUCACCUUCAUUACGGAGAUUGUGGUUCGUCCCCAGUUCUACUGAAAAGGGGCAAAUCUUAUGCAGGGAUCCUGUUGGUUUAGACAUCAGUGUGCAUGAAAUUCUUCCUCUCCUAUUCAAGCACGCAGAAUAGAUGCAAAAAAGUGCUCUCUUUGACUCUGAUCGGACUCCGUCAAUGGACAGCUAAUUGGAGCCAAGGCAAGGAGUUUGUAAUUCAUGGUUACAAUGAACAUUGUACCCAAUGGCAAUUUUGUCUCGUUUAUAUCCAAGCAGAUGGAUGCGUCCAAGUUCACUUGCUUAUCCUCGGAGUGGGUAGGAGUUUGGAAGUCAUUACAAUUCAAGGAAGCUUUUUAAACUGUAGAAAGUACAAACUGCAAGUGGGAUGUCCUUUUUUGUGAUUUGAUUUGGGCUGUUUUCAAACUAAAAUCUUUGUUUGGGAUGAGUUAUUGUAUUGUCAGUAUUUGAUUGAAGACUGAUGCAUGGUAUGGGCUAUUAUUGUGCUUUCAUGAUUGAGAUCAGCUACUGUAAAUUCUUGAAGUACAGGAUUUUUUUGUCUA